GGCGACGGCGCCGCCGGCUUGUCCUUCUUGUACGGCUCAGCAGCCUUGGCGGCGGGCUUGGCGGCCUUCUUCACUUCCUUGCCGGGCAUUUCUCUUCAAUCCACUGCAGCAACCAGGCAGCCAUAACACACACACAACAAAGAAGAAAGAAGGCAAAAAAGAAUGGGUUGCCAUCAGUAGUAACACCGCUGGGAAUGGAGAAUGUCAGCCACCAACAUCGCAUAGCGAUGGGCGAAAGCAAAUGAUUAAAUUGGAAAGAAUGCAAAAUGAAAACAAAAACGCACACAAGCCAUCCGGAGGUGGGCACACAAACACACGCACACACCAUGGACAUACUCGCCCUCUACGCAACAAUCGCGGCGGCGUCGUUGCCAGCGCUGCGGUUGCGCUUCUUGCGAAGCUCAGCCCGGGAGCGGAGGGACAGCUGAAGUCCACCCCACUGGCGGCGGAUGACGUCGCUGCGAGCAAGGAAGCGCGCGUUGACAGAGCGGACGAGGUU